AUGUUGAUUGAAGAGGUUCCACUGACAGAAACAGAUCGAGAUUUCAAUUUGGUGGUAGAAAGCUUGCAUGAUCUAAAGCAUCCUGCUCUGCGGUAUACAAAAGAUUUACAAUCCAUCGAAUCUUCUACAGCAACCGGUGCAAUCAGCAUCAACUAUGAAUUAAUCAAAGCAAUAUCCCUUCAUGCAAACCCCAACCUUGCUUGGUGCUCACAGCAAAAUUCGCAGAUUGUCCAGUCUAUAAUAAACAAAAAUGAUAUACUGCAGUAUAUAACUCCAUUUAUUAAUCAGGAAUUUAGACCCAAUUUGAGGAAAGUUGAAAAGCAAGCCAACUCAAGCAAGAUAGGUAAACUGGGUGGUCUUCGACCGCACCUCAGUUUUUUCCAAGACCAAAAGUUUGAUCCGGUUCCUCUUGCACAAGCAUGGUUUCUUCUUGAAGCUACUGGCAAUAAAGAACGUGAGGUGAAUAUGCUUGUCCUACUUUUACUAAUCGAUGACUUUCACUUUGGUAUACAGGGGCAAAUACAAGCAUGUCACAUGGUGAGGAAAUUGAAGAUCCUCACGCCUAAUUUGGUGCCUCAAUUGCGAGAGUGUUUGAAGAAAUGUCUCUUGCACAUUCCACCUGUCACAGAGGAAACUGAAUCGUUGAAUAUUCUACAAGUUGCUUUUCCGUGCUUAUAUAAGGUGGACGAUGAAUAUGACAAUAAAAGUUUAAACUUUAUUGAUACUAUUGCCUCUAUACUAAAGUCAUUAAACUAUGUUGUCAACCAUGAGAAAGUAAUUAUCUUUUUAUUGGAGCAAUUACAAAUUUGCGUUAAGAGCAUUGGCAAAGAUGUAUUAGUUUCUAUUUCAAAGAUCUUUUAUAUGAUGAAUCAAAUCAUUGUAAAUUUUGCAAUGAUUGAGAAACCAAAUGUCAUCUUGGCAGCAUUGAAGUUACAAAGUGAAGUGCUACAAGUGGAGUCUCCAUUGGUGUACAGUUUUGUAUAUGAUUUGAUUGGUGCUUAUACAGUUUUACUGAAACGAUUACUCAAGUAUAAAGUAGCUGCUGGUAUUCAAGAGCAAAUUAAAAUGAAUCUAAGUCAAUUGGAAAAGUUGGCUGAAAUGAGUGGAAAACUGGAUGAAUUUAGUAACCUAUGUACGUAUAUACAAUGA